AUGACAUCCAAAUCGGCCGCAAUGGCGGACGAGGGUGUUGCUGAGCACUACCAAGUGUUGGAGGAGCUUGGUCGUGGAAGCUUUGGAGUCGUUUACAAGGCCAUUGAGAAGGCAACCGGCGAGACUGUCGCCAUCAAGCAUAUCGACCUCGAAUCCAGCGAAGAUGACAUCCAGGAGAUCCAAGGUGAAAUCGCUGUGCUGAGCACAUGCGCCAGUUCGUUCGUCACCCAGUACAAGGGCAGCUUCUUGCGCGGCCACAAGCUCUGGAUUGUCAUGGAGUAUCUUGGGGGUGGCUCAUGCCUGGACUUGCUCAAACCGGCCAACUUUGCAGAGGUCCACAUUGCCAUCAUUUGCCGAGAGCUGCUCCGUGGUCUCGAGUACUUGCACGCUGAAGGCAAGAUUCACCGAGACAUCAAGGCAGCCAAUGUCCUACUCUCCGAGGCGGGCAAGGUCAAAUUGGCCGACUUUGGUGUCGCCGCCCAAUUGACAAACAUCAAGUCUCAGAGAAACACUUUCGUCGGCACCCCUUUCUGGAUGGCGCCCGAGGUCAUUCAGCAGGAUGGCUAUGGCUUCAAAGCCGAUAUUUGGUCCCUUGGCAUCACCGCAAUGGAAAUGGCCAACGGCGAGCCUCCCCUAGCGCAUAUCCACCCGAUGAAGGUUCUCUUCCACAUUCCCAAGAACCCUCCUCCUCGCCUUGAGGGUGGUUUCAGCAAGGACUUCAAGGAUUUCGUGGCGCAAUGUCUCGUUAAGGAUUCGGAUCGCAGACCCUCGGCAAAGGACCUCCUCCGUCACCGCUUCAUCAGAUCGGCCGGCAAGGUUGAGGCGCUUCAGGAGCUAAUUGCCCGCAAGCAAAUGUGGGACGCAAACCAAAACCGAAAGUCGCACACCAUCUUUUACCAGGAGACACUGCACACCAUCUCUCCUAAGGACGAGUCGGAUGAGUGGGUGUUUGACACGGUCAAGUCGGUGGUACCCAGGCGGCCGACUGUUCGGUCGCGGAAGCCGUCCUAUUUCGCAGCGGAGGAGGCCAUGCGUCGCCUCGACCUCAAGGACGCCCCGCUCGGUCCUGCUUCUCCCGCCUCCGGUACUGUGCGCCGGUCAACUGUGCGCCGCCAGCCCUCGAGCCGCCAAGCAUCUGCCACACAGAUCCAAGCAAAUGGGUCACCUCGUUCAACGGUUGCCAGGAGGCCGCUCCAACCAGACAUGUCCUACGGCAACUCUGGCUCCUCCGUGAGGCUCUUCCGCCGGGUCCCCUCGGACGGCUCCGUUACUGCGCAUGCAGAUUUCCCCACUUCUCCCGAUGCAACCGUGGGCAACGAGAACAGGGCGCCAGCAAGAGGAGCAUCCGUGGAGCCAAACAGCAAGGAGGCCCUGCUUGGCCGGCGACUGUUCAACAAGGCUGUCGACCCCACUCUCGCCGAGUUGCACGCCCAAACUUCGGGCCUACAGAAGCGGGAAGCAUUGGCCAAGCUUACCGAUGCCUUUGCUCUUUUGGACUCGGUUGACCCCGAAGGCGCCUACCAUCUUAUGCGCAACUUGAUGGGAGCCGUCUCCCAGGACACCAAGCUGAACGCAGCCUUGAUGCCUCAACAGUCGAUCAAGAUCCCUUCGGACGGCACACCUCAGGGCACGGUCAUCAUCAAGAGUGCAGCGGUCACGCCUGCGGGUAGCCCCACCAAGCUGGUGAUGGCAUCAAACAACCCGCACCUGAAGAGCCACAGGAGGCGCAACGGAUCGUUCGCCACGCCCGAGUCGACCGAGAAGGAGCGAGACAAGGAGAAGUCGGCCAUGGAAGCCAAGUAUCCCGGCCGCGCACCCCGACCAGGCAUGGAGCACUGCAAGCAGCUCUCUGAUGUGCUCUAUGGUCGGUGGACGGAGGGACUGAGGAUCAGAUGGCCAGCGGUCUAA